AUGUCUCAUCUAAUCAGAUUCAUACUUCUAUUAGUUGGUGCUCUGUUAAUUAUAACAGAAAGCACAUGUGGCUCAAUCAUGGAUGAUUCUUCGGAAGAUAUGAUUCCAGUAAUGAUUCGCAGGAAUGAUUUUUUCCUCAAAGCAGCCAAAUCUGUCCCUAGAAUCGGUAGAAGAAAUGACUUCUUCUUUGCCAAAAAUUUAAAGUCUGUUCCACGCAUUGGCCGCAGAAAUGACUUCUUUUUAAAAGCAGCCAAGUCUGUUCCUCGAAUAGGUAGAAGAGAUGAAAUCACAUCAGUUGAAAAGGAAGCUUCAGUCGCCUGGCCAUGGUUUAGAGAUCAUGAUUUCAUACCUAGGGUAAUGAAGAAGGAUUUAGGAGAUGAAGAUGUUCCUGUCGAUGAACCUUCUAAAGAAAAGGAAGAACCAAGACUUCAAGCAAUCGUAUAAAUACCAUGAACUUAUACCUACUAUAUUUAUGAUACUAGUCAUAUCAAGAUAACUUGGUAAACGUGUGAAAUAUAUAUAUAUAUAUACAAACACA